GUGUGUUCUACUUCAUUUCGGACUCACCUCAUUCCAUCUGCGCCAUCAACUCGCUGCGUACCCGCAUUCGUUGUGUAGCUGCAUUGCUGCUCUCUCUCUCUCCCUCUCUAUUCCACCACCGUUUCUCAUUAUUAUUAUUUCUCCAUUCAAAACGUCACAGCUGUCGAUAUCUCUGCCACGUCCUGAGAAAACAAACAAACAGAAAAAGGAAGUAAAAAAAAAAGAACAAUACAACAUCCGCAACGACAGCCGUCUCGCAGGUGUGGUAGGAUCAUCCCCCGCCCACACGCACGCCCGAUAUUUUUCCUUUACCGACCUUCUCUUCUUCGUCUUGCAUUUCACGUUUUACAAUUUACGUACGAUCUUCUUUAUAUCUAUUAUAGUAAUUUCCUGCAGCCUCGUCGCUGCCCGCUGCGAGAUCGAACAUCCGUUGGCGUUCACCACAUCGCUUGUACUCCUCCACCUCGCUGAGUUUCACUCAACACCAUCUUUUUCCUUUUCUUCCCGUUUUCGGGUUGUUGUGGAUGCGCCGUCUUCUCUGUUCGCUUUUCUCCGCGCUAAAAAAUCUCUUUUGUUUGCCAUUUUGUUUGUUUGCGAGGACUAUCGUAUACGCAUCGCACACUACGUCGGCAACAUUGAGAAAGACCGAAAAAGGAUGGCGGAUGCCAUGCCAGCUUCUGCGCCGCUGCGCGAAGAGGAGACAGCGGAGGGCGAUGCGUGUGCGCCAGCUCUUUUGCGCCUCAGCCCCGCCCUGCCAUGCUCCCUCGCACAUCUCCAUCUCACGUUCGCCAACGCAGAGCCCGGCGCAACACCGGCCGCUGCAGCAGGAGCCUCGUCUCCGUCUUUCCAGGUGCGUGCGAUACACUUCGAUGACGUGGCGCAAGACGCAAUUCUUGUCUGUGAAGACAGCAUCACGCUCUUUGUGCCUCUCCAAUGCGAUGCCGCUCCAACACCUCCUUCUGCAACGGUAAAAAGAGAAAGAUUACCCAGCGAAUCGGGCAGACCAUCAUCGCCACUUCAACAAGAGCCACCGAAGAAGAAGGAGGAGAGGGAGGAGCCGGCUUCAGCUCCUGCAGUGGCUGCCUGUCUCCGACUGGGGAACCCACAUCCAGCCUGGUCGCCUCCGCCACGGCGACCGCCGUCUGCAUCUCCGCCAUCGACAUCGCCGUCUUCCGCGCUGACAGCCGCUCAUGUAGCUGAGAACUGCCUCCCGCGACGGCUGCCGCUGUCUGCUGAGGCGUUACGGCGCGCCUCGGCGGUUCUUGUGGCGGUGCCGGUCCUCGCCCUCCCCAGCGCUGCCGCUGGCUCUGCGUCUGCUGGAGGGAAUAACAGCAGUAACAGCCCUGUCAGCCGCGUGAUGUCCAUUGUAAUUGUGGAGUGUGCGGUGCUGCCGGAGGGCGUCGACUUCAUUGAGCCAAAUGCGGUUCCGCUGGCGCGGCCGCUACGAAAGAUCCUGUGUGCACCGAACACCCUGCGGUUCCGUGAGGCGUGGUACCCUCUUCAGUACUUUUGCUGGUGUGGCCCGACGGAGACGUUGGGCUGCAGCGGCGGAUGCAACGCAAUGACAGACGCCGCUCACGAAGAAGAAGGAGCUGGCCGUCGUCGUCGGUCGCCCGCUACUACGGAGGAAGAGGUGGAAGAUGCAGACGAGGGUCCUGCGUCCAUUUCGCUCCCCGGCUACACAGACUACUACCUGUUGUGCGUGUCUUCCAUCUGCGCGGAUCUGCUGCGCGUCCGCCACCGGACUCCAUCUUCUCUCUCCCACCACCAACAUGCACAGCAGGCGGGGGCGAGUGGGCCGUUGCAUCAGCCGGAUGUUACGGCCAUGAUGAACGCCGGCUACGCAGUUCGUGCGCCGCCGGCAGCACCACCACCACCGUCUUCCAAAGCUGCCCUUUCCACAAAGCAGGGAUCUGCGGAUGCGUCGAGAAUCGCAGAGGAGGAGGAGGUGAUUGUGUCGGUGGUGCAGCGCUACGUAACCCACACAGAUUGGUGUGUGUACGAGUCGAGGAGUCGGCUUCUGCUGAGCAUCCGCCACACGCGGCCAGACGUGUUAAAGCCGAUUUCGGUGCACUACGAGCCUUGCUGUUGUGGCGUUGCACGCGGCCGCACAAGCGACGGCCUGGCAGGGGUACCGCAUUGGAGUUCUUCGUCUUCGAGGUUACCCGUGAGCGUAUCCCUUUGCAAAUGGACGGAGCUCACCCUGUCCGAAACCCUCUGCGCCUCUCUCUCACUCCCCGGCCCCCGCACCUCCCUUCCGCUGGACGCGCGCACCGCCCGCCUGCUCCACUCCGUCGUCGGCGUCUUCACCGUCUACGGGAACACCUUCGUCUACCACGUGCCGUCCGCCCGCCUCCACAGCCAGCGCCCUGCGUGUAUGGAGGUGUACUUGUGCCUGCCCGACGAGACGGGGUGCUCAGCUUUGUUUCCCCCCGACGCUGCCGCCGCCUCCUCUUUUCCUCCCCCUCCUCCGUCUUCGUUGUUGCCUUCCUCUGCUGCUGCGUUGGAUCCUGGACAUGACGGGGCGUCCCCCGCCGAGCUGCACGGAGCGAUGGAGGGCCGCAGCGGCAGCGGCAGAGACGGAGGCGUGCACCGGGCAUCGCCCCCCGCGUCUUCGCCGACGGACUUCUUUAAGCGGCUGACGGUCGCAGCGUCGUCUGCCACCGCCUCCGCCACCCCACCGCAGGUGCGCAGCGGCGUCUUCCUGAAAGUGGCACGGCUGUCUCUGCGGGAACUGCUGCCGCCGCCGCCGGCGACGUUCUUCUCCUCUUCAACGAGCCCUUUCCGUGGGCGUGCUGAGGCGCGAAGUCCAUUGGCCCAGCCGCAGCCGUCGUCGCCGCUGCUCUCUGUCCAAGUAUGGAACGGUUUCCUUCUCCUGCACAGUCCGCGUACGGGGAAGUCUGCGGUGUACGACCUGGCGGAGCGGAGUCCUGGGAAUGCGAGGAACGGCGCAGAGGAGGGGGAGAUGCUAUCCUCGCGUGAUUAUCUUCUCUGGGCUACCGCCUCCGAGCGCAGUCGAAACUGGGCGCGUUCGCAGCGCUCCCGUGCUUCUUCCUCGUCCUGUUUAACCUCUCCCAACAGCCUCGGCCCCCGCGAGGGUGCAGCAGGAGGUACACACUUGGCGGGAUCGGCCACCACGUCUGGACGCGCGAGCAGCUGUCCACGCAACCACACCGGCAACGACAGCCGCGGCAGCAACGUGAACCCGAGUGAUCAGCUGUGGUCGCGCGCCGUCGCAGGUGAUUGGACGUCGAUGGUGACUGCGGUGGCGAGCUCCGUCAUGGACCUCUCCUCCGCUGUGGAAACGAUCACGGGGGCAACGGCGGCUGCAGCGGACGCGCAAGUACCGCUGGUGUUUCCGUUAAGCUGCGGCGCAGCUACCGUGGAAGUCACAGCGAAUCCCCACCACCACGACAACAGUGAUGAGGACCGCGGCUCUGCUAGUUCGCAGCGGGACGAUAAAGGGGCGGUGGACAAUACCCAUUGCACCUCGGUGGAGGUGCUGUACUCGUCCUGCGUGUGGCCGAGCAGCUCCCGCGUUCCACUUGUGAUCAGCGAACACGACGGGUCGCUGCGGCGUUGUGAGAUGAACGUGGCGGCUCUGGCGGAGUGGCUGCUACUGCUGCGCGCUUCUUCUCAAACCAGCCCGUCUUCUCAUCUAGUGGAUGCUACAAGUAGUGGAAGGAGCGCAGCAGCAACAGCGGCGGCGGCGACGAGGUCUGCCGACAUUACCGGUGCAUCAAGCACGUCACUGGGCCGGUUGAUUGCCUUUGCGUGUCGUCAUUCCAGUUCAUCAAACCUGCAGGACGAUGACGACGAUGACGAAGUCGACAAGGCAGAUGUGCUUCUGCUGUUAUUGCGGGAACUGGUAGCAUUUAUCGUACUCGGUGAGCACCGUACACCUUCUCCGCCGCGCUCUCCAGCUGCGGCGAGCCAAUCCGCACCGGGCACCGUCUCCUCUUCUUCGUACAGUGCCGUUUUACAGCGCCAUCUCUACUCCGCGAUGGCCGAGUCACCCGAGUUGUUGGGUUCGCAUUGGGGUGCCCUCGUAGAGGGCCUGACCCUCGAAACAGAGCUGAUGAACCGAUGUAGAUCCCUCGCGCGGCAGCGGAUGCUCUCGCCCGCUAUGUGUGGCGGUGGCGGUGGUUGCACAGCGAACUGUACGCCUUACAGUCACCGCAGCACCGACGAUGACCGUAUAGGAGGAAUCAAUGGUACACAACUGCAGUCACGCCUUGUCACCCACGUGUGGACGCCCGUGUGGCGAGGCCUCAAGUACCCAGACGACCUCGCCGGUAUAGAAGACGGCCAUGAGCCUCAUGUACAACAGCAGCGGCAGUUAGAGCGUCGACGACAGCGGUACGAAGAUGUGUUGUGCGACUACGUGCGGGUGCUACACCGUCUUGCCGUCCCACUCCUGCCCGCUCUGCAGGCGCUGCUGUUGGAAGUAGUGCUGUGGAGCGGCUCUGAGACAGCGCUGCCGCCGCUGCGAGAAGAUACUUGUUCUGCUGCUGCUGCCUCUCCGGCGGAGACGUGCGACACGUCGGUUGCAGCGUUGAUGGCGCGUGCGGGUGCAACGGCGCGGCGGGUGCGGGGGUUGCUGCGUCACGGAGUUCUCGAGGCAAACUGCACGACGGCGCGGUCGCUUCUCGCGUGGUGGGGACGUCUCCGCUGCGAACUCGCGUCGGCCCAGCAUGACACCAAGUACACGCCCGGGAACUCGCACGCAGGUCUUGUGAAGAAAGAUGAGCGACAAGCGAGGGAGGAGACGGCGACGGCGGCGACGGAGGAAGAGAACGCAGCGCUGCGUCAGCCGGAUUUUCUGUCCGACGGCGGGUGCCCGGAGGCGGAGGCGGUCUUCGACGAAGCGGUCGGCCUCUUCACCCUGCACGGGCAGCAGCUGGAGGUGGUGGAGGCUUAUCGCUGGCGCCACGACUACGCCGCUGCGGCGACCGUGCUGCUCCGCCUUCCACGGGACACGCCGUCGAUGGAGCUGUGCGAGGUGCACGGUGCGUGGCGAAGCCUCAAAUGCGCAAACCCCAUCACAGCUGACAUCUCCCCCUCUUCUUCGUCCUCUUCUUCAGCCGCCGCUGCUGCUGCUGCUAUGUCUCACAACGCCAAGACGACUCCUCGCCGCACGUCUCGCCUCCUUUCAUGGGACACGCUGGCCGUCGCGGUUCUGGAUGGGGCCUGGAACACCGUGCGGAGCGCCGAGGAGGACUGUUACGUGCUGGUUGAAAGAGCCGCCGCCGUGGCACGGAGUGCGUCUCCACUCCCCACUACCACCACCACCACCGCAACAGCAGCAGACAGUGCUGCUUCCUCCCCCAACGACACGCAGGUGGGUGCGUCUCCGACACCUUCUGCCUGGCGGCUGCGUGCGGCGGAGCGGGCGGUGCAGGCGGCCCGCCGUCUUUAUCUGUUUGUUGCGACCGCCAUCCUCACAACACCUGGCCUGACGGCUGCUGCUGCUGCUGCUGGAGCAGGAGCGUCGUCACCACCACCUCCACCCAACGCCGCUGUUGCGGCGACUGGCAACUCCGCUAUCGAAUUUCGUCCCACGGCGGCGGCGGCGGGUGAGGGGGGCGGCGGCGUGCGGGGCUCUCUCGCACGCGCGCCGCACCCGCAGCUCUUCAACCCCAUCAGCAGCAGCGUCGCUGCGGGCUAUCGCGCGCAUGAGGUGCGGUAUCUGCGGCUGCGGCAGCAGGUCGAGGCGGACCGGCGCCACAAGAAGUCCUGA